AUGCGUACUCUCACUAUUCUUACUGCUGUGAUCGGCGCAGUAUCUGCGGCCCCAUCGCUCAUCUCAAGAGUUGCAACGCCCUUCUCCAUCGCCAGCCCUGGAGGCAUCGACGACAUUACACUCACGGCGAACAACACCCUCAACGGAACAUACCAUAGCCCAAACACGACCGACUCCAACAUAUUCGCCUCCCAAGCCAAGCCUAAGCCUGGACACCUUCCGAUCAAUCUCGUCAACAGGUUUGGCGGUGGUCAUGUCAAUGCCUACAUUUCUGGCCUAGACUCUGAGAACAGGGUCGUCUUCGUCAGGGCCGAUGGCAAACUUGUGUAUCCCAGCUCCGGAGGCUCCAGCACUCCCGUUCGCAUCAACGACCCCAUCAGCAUCCCUCUGCCUGCCAAGGGCAAGUCCAUCACCGUAACCGUACCCAUCGUCCUCACGUCUGCCCGCAUCUACUUCGCCGAGGGCACUCUCCCCUUCUUCAUCGUCAAGAUCCCUACUGGCGACGGCUUGGUGCAGCCGUCACCGACAAACCUCAAAGACCCCAGUGCAGGCGUCAACUGGGGCUUUGUCGAACUUUCUUAUACCGAAGGGAAGGCUGUGUAUGCAAACAUCAGCUACGUUGACUUCGUCGGCAUGAUCCUCAGCAUGAGCUUGAGUUCCACGGAUGGAAGUACCCAGAUCACCAGAGGCCUUCACUCCUACGCUCUCAAGGAAAUCUGCCAGGGGCUGGCCCAACAGACGCACAAAGACGGAUUCCCUUGGGCCGCCCUGUGCAUCACAAACUCUCAUGGAACUCCCAUCCGCGCCCUGGCACCAGGCGACUACAGCGCCAUCAAUCCCAAAGGCUUCCGGGGCUACUGGAAGUCCUCCGUCGACAAGGUCUGGAAGCAUUAUACCAGCAAGCCUCUUACCAUCAACACGCAAACCUCCGCCGGCCAUGUCAAGUGCCAGGUCUCGGGCGACAAGCUCAAGUGCCAGGGCGACAACCGCGCCUACAGCAAGCCGACCGAUACCGACAUCUGGGGUUGCAACAGCGGGCCGUUUGCCAUUAAGGCUGGGGACAACGACAUCCACAAGGCUGUUGUUCCCCGUCUGUGCGCUGCCUUUGUUCGGUCUACCUUGCUGAUUCCCGGCGGCGACGUUCAGCCUGGCGUGAGCCGCUCCAAGUACUACAAGGCUGGUCCUUCCAAUCACUACAGCCGUCUGGUUCACCACUUUGAGGUUGAUGGGCGAGGCUAUGCAUUCCCUUAUGAUGAUGUCAACCCGGAUGGCAAUGAGAAUGCUUCGGGAACGUUGGCUUCGGGGGCUCCCAAGAAGCUGACGGUCUACGUUGGCGCGCCUCCUCCUUGA